AUGAGCAUAUGUAACAGGCUGGACGAAGGCUCCGAUGUCGAAUCCGAACCAGACCUGCCUUUGAAGCGCAAGCAACGCCGCAGUCGAACCACUUUCACCGCUGAGCAGCUGGAGGAGCUGGAGAAGGCCUUUGAGAGAACCCACUACCCAGACAUCUACACACGAGAGGAGCUAGCUCAGAGAACCAAGCUCACCGAGGCCCGAGUUCAGGUGUGGUUCAGCAACCGAAGAGCGAGAUGGCGCAAACAAGCGGGAGCGAACCAACUUGCGGCUUUCAAUCACCUGCUGCCAGGGGGCUUCCCGCCGACAGGAAUGGCGACAGGAAUCCCGACUCUCCCCCCGUACCAGCUGCCGGACUCCACCUACCCAACGACCACCAUUUCCCAAGAUGGGGGAAGCACUGUACACAGACCCCAGCCCCUGCCACCGUCUACCAUGCACCAGGGAGGGCUUGCUGCAGCCGCCGCUGCUGACACCGGCUCUGCCUACGGGGCCCGACACAGCUUCUCCAGCUAUUCGGACAGCUUCAUGAAUGCUGCUGCUCCUGCCAACCACAUGAAUCCUGUUAGCAAUGGCCUCUCUCCACAGAAGCAGGGUGCCCAAAACAAGAUGCAGUGCUCCAGGUGGAACCUCACCAUAGCCUUGAACAAUCAGGUGAUGAGCAUCCUGAGCAACCCCAGUGGGGUUCCUCCACAACCCCAGGCUGACUUCUCCAUCUCUCCCCUUCACGGCGGCUUGGAUACCACCAACUCCAUCUCUGCCAGCUGCAGCCAGCGGAGCGACUCCAUCAAGUCCGUGGACAGCCUCCCGACUUCCCAGUCCUACUGUCCUCCCACCUACAGCACCACCAGUUACAGUGUGGACCCAGUGGCUGGCUACCAAUAUGGACAGUACGGACAAACCGCUGUUGAUUAUUUGGCCAAGAACGUGAGUCUGUCUACACAGCGUAGGAUGAAGCUGGGAGAACAUUCAGCCGUUCUGGGCCUCCUACCAGUAGAGACAGGCCAAGCUUACUGAAGAGUCCGACUGUGCCAACAACCCACUCCAGCAACUUGGUACCACUGGAGAAAACACCACCAGCCUUCCAGGGAUCUACCUGCACCCGGACCCUACUCCUUCCCAAUUCCCUUCCACCUUGCACCAACUUGAGCUGUGAAGGAGACGGGAAAGAUGGGGAGGGCUCUCCAAGUAUCCAGCUCCUCCCAGAGCACUCUUCUCAGAGGCAAGCCUGGCCUCUGUGACCUGACUCCUCCUGUGGCCAGAGACGACGGGUCGGGUACAUUUAUUAACGCCCUCCCUCUAACUUACCUGGCCAUGGCAUUUUGCCCACACUUAAGGACUUUCCCUUGAUCUAGGUAGUUGGCAUAGUCAAAGCCAAACUGAUCCUUUUUUUCCUUUGU